AUGGGUGCGCAGAAGAAGCAAUCCUCUGACAACUCUCAGGCUCUGUCUCAGCCUGCUCAUGCUCUUCGCUAUGAGGAUGUCCUUCGUGAGCUGGCCGUCGAUCCCGACGAGGGUCUGACAUUGGAGGAGGCAAAGCGAAGACUCCAACAGUAUGGUCCAAAUGAGCUGGAAGGGGGAGAGGGUGUUUCGAUGGUCAAGAUUGUCAUUAGGCAGAUUGCAAAUGCCAUGAUUCUGGUCCUUAUUAUCGCCAUGGCGGUCAGUUUCGGCAUUCAAUCCUGGAUCGAAGGUGGUGUUAUUGGAGCUGUCAUUGGUUUGAACAUCGUGGUAGGUGUCUAUCAAGACUAUGCCGCAGAGAAAACGAUGGACUCCCUUCGAUCAUUGAGUUCUCCCACCGGAAUCGUCACGCGUGAUGGCAAAACCAAUACCAUUCCUGCCAACGAGAUUGUCCCUGGGGACAUGGUUGAACUCAAAGUUGGAGACACGGUUCCUGCAGAUCUUCGGCUCGUUGAUGCUAUGAAUUUCGAAACCGACGAGGCCCUCCUGACUGGCGAGUCGCUGCCAGUGCAAAAAGAGGUCGAUACAACGUUUGACCCGGACACGGGACCAGGCGAUCGCUUGAACAUUGCGUAUAGUUCCUCGACGGUGACGAGAGGCCGCGCUCGGGGCGUUGUCAUCGGCACCGGGAUGCAAACCGAGAUUGGAGCCAUCGCCGCUGCUCUCCGCGCCAGCGACUCCAGGAAGCGGCCCGUCAAGCGAGGUCCCGAGGGAGAAACCAAGAAGCGAUGGUACGUGCAGGCAUGGACCCUGACCUGCACCGACGCCGUGGGACGAUUCCUAGGAAUCAAUGUUGGCACACCGCUGCAACGCAAACUCUCCAAACUGGCUUUGGCCCUUUUCGUCAUCGCCGUCAUCUUCGCCAUCAUUGUCAUGGGCGUCAAUGGGUUCCGCAAUGACAAGGAGGUCAUCAUUUAUGCAGUCGCUACGGGCCUUGCAAUGAUUCCGGCCUGUCUGGUGGUGGUCCUGACCAUCACCAUGGCGGUUGGCACCAAGCAAAUGGUUGAAAGACAUGUCAUUGUCCGGAAGCUUGAUUCCCUUGAAGCCCUGGGCGCUGUGACUAACAUUUGCUCAGACAAAACGGGAACCCUCACCCAGGGGCGCAUGGUCGCCAAGCGGGCUUGGAUUCCCUCUGUUGGCACCUACUCGGUGGGGUCUUCCAAUAAUCCCUUGAAUCCGGAAGAGGGCGACCUGAGCCUGCUGCCUGACCCGCCGGUCAAAGUCGGUCCGGACGCUCAGGGAGAGCCUUCUCUGCCGGACGAUCUGCUCAAGGACAAUCCUCUUCUGGAGCAAUACUUGAAUGUGGCAGCCAUGGCAAACCUGGCCCAUGUGCACAAAUCCGAGCACAAUGAAUGGCAGGCUCGUGGUGAACCGACUGAUAUUGCAAUUCAGGUAUUUGCCUCCCGCUUUAACUGGGGACGCGAUCGCUGGACCAAAGGCGAGAAGCCUGUUUGGCGCCAAAAAGCCGAAUAUCCGUUUGACUCCACCGUGAAGAAGAUGUCCGUCAUCUUCAGGAACAGCAACGACGACCGGGAGAUGAUCUUCACCAAGGGGGCGGUGGAACGGGUCCUCGAGGCUUGCACCACCGUCACCUGGACCGCUGGUUCCGACCCGAUCGCCUUGGAUGAUAACAUCAAGGAGGAAAUCCUGCAGAACAUGGAAGCUCUCGCAAAGGAGGGCUUGCGGGUUCUCUGCCUUGCCUGCCGGGAUAAUUACCACCCCGUCAAAGGGGAAGAUGUCCCUGCCCGUGAGGAAGUGGAGAAAGAUCUCACGUUCUGUGGACUCAUCGGUCUGUAUGACCCUCCCCGGCCUGAGACUGCAGGCGCUAUUGACGAGUGCUAUCGCGCUGGGAUUUCGGUCCACAUGGUCACUGGUGACCACCCCGGUACUGCGCGAGCCAUCGCAGCGCAGGUUGGUAUCAUUCCAGCCAACAUGGAUAGCCUUGCCAAAGAUGUUGCGGACGCCAUGGUGAUGACGGCCAGUCAGUUUGACAAGUUGACAGAAGAGGAAAUUGAUGCGUUGCCUACUCUUCCUGCUGUGAUUGCUCGGUGUGCUCCCAACACAAAGGUUCGGAUGAUUGAUGCCCUUCAUCGUCGGGGUCGGUUUGCUGCAAUGACUGGCGAUGGAGUCAAUGACUCUCCAUCCUUGAAGCGUGCAGAUGUCGGUAUUGCUAUGGGACAAGCAGGGUCUGAUGUGGCAAAGGACGCCUCGGAACUGGUGUUGACUGAUGAUAACUUUGCUUCAAUCAUCAACGGCAUUGAGGAGGGCCGUCGUAUUUUUGAUAAUAUUCAGAAAUUCGUCCUGCAUCUUUUGGCGGAAAACGUCGGCCUGGCCCUCACGCUUCUGAUCGGUCUCUGUUUCAAAGAUGACAAUGGGCAAUCUGUGUUUCCUAUUGCUCCCGUCGAAAUUCUAUGGAUCAUCAUGAUCACCUCCGGUCUCCCGGAUAUGGGACUAGGUAUGGAAAUCGCCGCUCCAGAUAUUAUGGACCGUCCUCCUCAAAGCAAACAAGGUAUUUUCACCUGGGAAGUCAUAGUCGACACCAUCGUCUACGGCGUCUGGAUGGCAGCUCUCUGUCUCGCCUCUUUCUCGCUCGUCCUCUUCGGCUGGGGAGAUGGCAACCUGGCCUCAGGCUGCAACAGCGACUACAGCCCCGAAUGCGACGGUGUGUUCCGCGCCCGAGCCACCACCUUCGUGUGCAUGACCUGGUUCGCUCUCUUCCUCGCCUGGGAGAUGAUCGAUAUGCGCCGCAGUUUCUUCCGCAUGCAGCCCGGUUCCAAGCGCUAUUUCACCCAAUGGAUGCUUGACGUCUGGCGCAACAAGUUUCUGUUCAGCGGCAUCAUGAUUGGAUUCGUCACGACCUUCCCUAUCCUGUACAUCCCUGUGAUCAAUGACGUUGUUUUCAAACAUGUCGGUAUCUCCUGGGAGUGGGGUGUGGUGUUUGUCGAAGCGCUUCUUUUCUUCGCUGGCUGCGAGGCUUGGAAGUGGUGCAAGCGCAUUUACUUCAGACGGACCAGUCAUAAGGAAAGCGGCAGAGAUAGGAUACUUCGGGACUUUAGUCGAUAUACGACCAUGAGCAGGUCCGAGACCCAAGCAACGAGUGACCUGAACGUGGAAAAAUCGAUGGUUUAG